CAAAGUAUGGUGCUUUGGAUCUUGAUAAUUCUAACAGUUUCCAUGUAUUUCACAGCAGCUAAGGGUAGUAAACUGUCUUGGGGCUUGGAAAACGAGGCUUUAAUUGUGAGAUGUCCAAAAAGAGGAGGAUCUCUUUACCCUGUGGACUGGUAUUACUCCAAAACAAAUGAGGCUGUUCCCUCCCAGAAAAGAAAUCAUGUCUUCGCCUCAGGGGGUCGUCUUAAGUUUCUGCCAGCCAAGUUGGAUGAUUCUGGAAUUUAUGCUUGCAUUAUCAGAAGUCCCACCUUGAAUAUGACUGGAUAUGUGAAUGUCACCAUAUAUAAAAAGCAAUCAGGUUGCAACAUUCCCGAUUAUUUGAUGUAUUCAACAGUAUCUGGCUCAGAAAAAAAUUCCAGAAUUUCUUGUCCUACAAUUGACCUCUACAAUUGGACGGCACCUCUAGAAUGGUUUAAGAAUUGUAAAGCUCUUCAAGGAUCAAGGUACAAGAUACACAGGUCAUCUUUGGUCAUUGACAAUGUGAGGUAUGAUGAUGAAGGUGAUUACACCUGUAAAUUUACACACACGGAGAAUGGAGUCAGUUAUAGUGUGACAGCAACCAGAUCAUUUACAGUUAAAGAUAAGCCAGGCUUUUCUAUGCUUCCAGUAAUUAUAGCUCCUCCACACAAUGAAACAAUGGAAGUGGAAAUCGGAAAAACUGUAAACAUAACCUGCUCUGCUUGCUUUGGGAAAGGCAACCAAUCCUUUGCUGGCGUCCUGUGGCAGGUCAACAGAAGCAGAGUUAGGGACUUUGGUGAGGCAAGAAUUCAAGAGGAAGAAGAACAAAAUCAAAGUUAUAGCAGUGUGCUGAGUUGUCUAAACAAGAAUUUAAGAAUAAGUGACUUCAAGGAAGAGGAUCUUUCUCUGGAGUAUGACUGUGUGGCCUGGAAUUUUCGUGGCAUAAGAAGGCACACCAUAAGACUGAGUAGGAAAAAGCCAAGUAAGGAGUGUUUCUGA